GUACUUUCAGUUCAGGCCAGAAGAAAAUGAGCAUAAAUUAAUGUGAAAAUAAUGUCUCUUAAUCUGCCACCAGUGGUUAUGCGUAUAGCAAUUCGCACACGUUUCCGUGUGUAUGUAGGUACAUUCAAAGGUACAUAUGUAUGUGUGCGCAAAAGAGCAUGUUUUUUGCCAAAUGCAUUUUCGAAUGUGUAUGCGAGCCAAUGUUAGAAAACCCCUAAACGAUCUUCAAUUUUCUCAAAAUACUAUACAUUCCUCAUACACAUAAUAAUUGGGCUCUCGUCACGUUUCGCCAAUACAAGCUAAAUUUCUUAAAUUCAGAGAGUUUUUGGUUGUCAGAUAGAGGAUGCUUGCAAGAUAAAAUAAAAAUUCUUUACACUGCAUUUCGGUUCGUGGUUUGGCGUGCAGUGAACGUUUGUGCACGUUAAUAUUCCAAUUAUUAAAUUUAUUUUUUUCCUGUUUAAUCUUCCUAUAUUCGUGAGUUUAGUUUUCGCUAUUCUAAAUCGAACCAAAUCAGUGAACUACAUUCGCCGAAAUGCUCUUCACUUCGCUGCUGGAAGCCGCCCAAAACUCUCCCUUUAAAACUCCAUUCUCGGCAGCGAGUUGCCAGACUAACACUCGCAGUGAUGGACCACAGCUCACGCCAAACCGCCAAAUAAUGGCCGCUGCCACUGUUGAGGGCGACUCCUGCGAAUUUGGUUCAAACACCUACUUCGCUCUAUGUGGUCUUGGAGGCAUUAUCUCUUGCGGUCUCACUCACACCAUGGUGGUGCCAUUGGAUUUAGUGAAAUGUCGCCUGCAAGUCGACCCCGCGAAGUACAAGAGUGUGUUUAACGGUUUUGCCGUUACACUGAAAGAAGAUGGCGUGAAAGGCCUUUCCAAGGGUUGGGCGCCAACGUUCUUCGGUUAUUCGAUGCAAGGUCUCUGUAAAUUUGGUCUCUAUGAAGUAUUUAAGGUGAUCUACUCUGACGCGAUCGGCGAGGAGAACUCAUAUCUGUACCGUACUUGGUUGUAUUUGGCUGCUUCCGCUUCGGCUGAGUUCUUUGCCGAUAUUGCCUUAGCUCCCAUGGAGGCGGCUAAGGUGAAAAUCCAAACCACACCUGGAUUCGCAAAUACGCUGCGUGAGGCUUUGCCUAAGAUGUCGGCACAAGAGGGCAUCGCUGCCUUCUAUAAGGGUCUGGUACCAUUGUGGAUGAGACAAAUCCCAUAUACAAUGAUGAAGUUCGCUUGUUUCGAAAGGACAUUGGAGUUGUUGUACAAGUAUGUUGUACCCAAACCACGUCAGGACUGCACGAAAGGUGAGCAAUUGGUAGUCACUUUCGCCGCAGGUUACAUUGCUGGUGUAUUCUGUGCCAUUGUGUCGCAUCCAGCCGAUACCGUUGUAUCGAAACUGAACCAGGCCAAGGGCGCUUCAGCCUUCGAUGUAGCCAAACAACUGGGAUGGGCCGGCCUUUGGGGUGGUCUUGGACCUAGGAUUGUGAUGAUCGGUACUCUAACUGCCGCUCAGUGGUUCAUAUAUGAUGCCGUUAAGGUUUAUCUGCACAUGCCCCGACCACCACCACCGGAAAUGCCCGCAUCGUUGAAGGCGAAAUUGGGUGUGGCAUAAUUUGAGAUAAAAUUAUAAAAUUCAAUAGUGAUAAUUAAUUAGCGACAUUAAUAAUUGUGAAUCCGAUCUGAGAAGAAUAUAAAAAAAUUUUAUGCAACAAUGGAUAUGAAAUGGAACGAAAUUUUGUGAGACCUAUGCGGAAAUAAAAUUAAUUGUAUCGAA